GCAUAAUUAUAUAACAAUAAACAAUUAGUAGUACCCCACCAAAACACAUAAAAAUAUAAAAUUGUUAUCCGAACCAAAAAUUGUUUAUUGUUAUGCGAGGGGUUAAACUCUUGGCCGCGUGCCUCUACCUGGCCGCAGCCGCAACAUUGGUGGUCCGAGCAGAAGACCCUUACUUCCAUCACGUGUGGAACGUGACCUACGGAACCGUGUCUCCUCUCGGCGUUCCACAACAAGUCAUACUCAUCAACGGCCAAUUCCCUGGUCCCAACAUCAACUCAACCUCCAACAACAACAUCAUCAUUAAUGUCUUCAAUAACCUCGACGAACCUUUCCUCCUCACAUGGAAUGGGAUCCAACACAGGAAGAACUGUUGGCAAGAUGGGACUCCAGGGACCAUGUGUCCAAUCAUGCCCGGUACCAACUACACUUACCAUUUCCAGCCUAAGGAUCAGAUCGGAAGCUAUUUCUACUACCCGAGCACCGCAUUGCACCGUUCCGCUGGUGGAUUCGGUGGACUCCGUGUGAACAGCCGUCUUCUCAUCCCGGUUCCUUACGCUGACCCAGAAGAUGACUACACCGUCUUGAUCGGUGACUGGUACACUAAGAGCCACACUCAGUUGAAGAAAUUCCUUGAUGGUGGUCGUACUCUUGGCCGUCCAGAUGGUAUUCUCAUCAACGGAAAGUCCGGGAAAGGUGAUGGAUCCGAUGCGCCCCUCUUUACCUUGAAACCUGGAAAGACCUAUAGGGUUAGGAUCUGUAACGUGGGUAUGAAGACAUCUCUCAACUUUAGGAUUCAGAACCACAAGUUGAAGCUAGUUGAGAUGGAAGGAUCCCACGUUCUCCAGAACGAUUAUGACUCUCUCGACGUUCAUGUCGGUCAGUGUUACGGAACCAUCCUUACCGCUGACCAAGAAGCUAAAGAUUACUACAUGGUUGCAUCCUCUAGGUUCUUGAAGUCGGUUAUUACCACAACUGGUCUUCUCCGCUACGAGGGAGGAAAAGGCCCCGCCUCUUCGCAGCUACCCGCUGGUCCAGUCGGCUGGGCUUGGUCCUUGAACCAGUUCCGAUCUUUCAGGUGGAACUUGACCGCCAGUGCAGCCAGGCCUAACCCUCAGGGAUCUUACCACUACGGAAAGAUCAACAUCACACGUACCAUCAAGCUUGUGAACACUCAAGGCAAGGUCGAUGGAAAGCUCAGGUACGCGUUGAACGGAGUCUCGCACACUGACCCCGAAACUCCAUUGAAGCUCGCCGAGUACUUUGGAAUUGCCGACAAGGUUUUCAAGUACGACACCAUCACCGAUAACCCAACCCCAGAACAAAUCAAGACCAUCAAGAUCGAGCCAAAUGUUCUUAACAUCACUCACCGCACCUUCAUUGAGGUGGUGUUUGAGAACCACGAGAAGAGUGUUCAGUCUUGGCACUUGGACGGUUACUCCUUCUUUGCCGUCGCUGUCGAGCCAGGGACUUGGACCCCAGAGAAGAGAAAGAACUACAACCUCCUGGACGCAGUGAGCAGACACACAGUCCAAGUCUACCCAAAAUGUUGGGCAGCAAUCUUGCUCACAUUCGACAACUGUGGAAUGUGGAACAUUCGAUCUGAAAACACCGAGAGACGUUACUUAGGACAGCAGCUUUACGCGAGUGUCUUGUCGCCAGAGAAAUCACUGAGAGAUGAAUACAACAUGCCUGAGACAAGCCUCCAAUGUGGUCUAGUCAAGGGCACACCUAAGCCUAACCCUUACGCUGGAGCCUAAGUUAAAUUUUACCGAGAAAACAAUAUACGUUUUAAUGCAACAAAAGACUUUGGAUUCUUCUGUUGAUACAAUCGAUUGAGAGACGUUUGGCCAACGGAUUAAUUUUUCUGGUUUUUUGGGUCUUUUCUUCGUAAUUAUUUUUAUUUAAUGAAAUUGUUUUUUUAAAGUAUAUGGUUUAUUCGUAUAUACAUGACAUUGGAAUGUAUGUAUGUCUAUCCCUUAAGUAAUUUUUUUUCCUUCUUUUAUAAAGACGCAUUAAUUUCCUCUUUUUGUUUUGGUUUUGUUCUUCACUUUUUUGUAACGCGUAUAUGUAAUGUAUCCAUAUUCUUCAAACGAAAUAAGCAGAGAGAUCUUAUUUGUCUGACCAUA